AGAGCAAGAGGCCACAAGAGGAAGAGGAAGAGCACCACAACAACAACAUGUCUCCCAGCGCCUAACCUGACCCCCUUCCAAGGCUCUCCAGGGGAAGGACGCGCCGCCAGGACUGAGAAAUUAGCGAGAGGAAACAAUAUAAAGGAAGACAGGAGGAAAUACCAAGGGAAACAACGGUCCGCCAUGACAUAGCUUGGAGGCGGCUCGGGCGGGGUGGAUAUUUUUUUUCGUUUAAGUGUUUUUUCGGUGUUUUAAGGAGGAAAUAAUUGAAGGAAACUGUCAAAAGGAAAAUAUACAGUGUAUUAAGGAAGAAAACAAUAUAAAGGAAAAAAAAUAACCGUGUGUGAGUGCUGGAGUGGCCGCCAUGAGAUAGAAAACUCAUUAAAUAGGCCUAGUGUAUUUUUUUUUCGUCUGGUCUUGUUCAUCAUACCUUGAAGGAGACAUGGAAAGCCUCACGUUCACGGAUAACGAGACCAAGUACUACGGGGACCUGUUCGCGCACCUGGACAGCGAGGGCACCGGCGCCGUCCCCGUCAACCAGGUGCACGAGUUCCUGCGGGCCUCCAAGCUGCCCGCGGAGGUGCUGGCCCAGAUCGGGCAGCUGUGUGGGGGCGCGGGGCAGGGCUGGUACGGGCGUCGAGAGCUCUUUGUGGCACUGAAGUUUGUUGCGGCGGCCCAGCGCGGUCUGCCGGUGAGGGCCGAGAGCUUGUUCCUGGGGGUGGAUCUUCCGCUCCCUCGCCUCCACACUAACAACAACACACAUUACGAGAACAAUGUGGCCUUCAGCAGCAGCAGCAGCAGCAUCGUGGUCAACAAGGAGAACUGUACGUCUAGUCCGGACCUGAUCCAGCUCAGCGACUCGGAUUGUAACACCUCGCAGAUGGUCGACGGAGGGUACCGGAUGAUGGAGAGUGAGGACGGGGAGGUUGGUGAUGAGCGGAUGAGCGACCCCUCGGGCAGGAUGGUGUCGCACUCCACCUCUGUUUCCUCGCCUGCAUCCGACUCGCCCACGCCCACCAACAGUGUGCAUGAGAAGACUUGGAACCAGGCGCAUACACACUGGCACGGCCUUAUUAACGACGAACACCGCCAACUACUCGGGACGGAGGAGGACUCGUCGGAGGGGCGGUCAUCUGGCGGGGGUGACGGAAGGUCGUCGGGAGGUGGAGGGGCCGGCGAGGAGGAGGAGGAGGAGGAGGAGUACAACGUUUGGAGCAUUACGGAGGAACAACGGCAGUAUUACACGGAACAGUUCAGAGCCAUGCAGCCGGACCUGACCUCGCUUCUGUCGGGCACUGCGGCCAAGGAGUUUUUUGAGAAGUCGAAACUACCAGUGAAUGAGCUCAGUAAAAUAUGGCAACUCUCGGACGUGACGCGUGAUGGAGCGCUGUCCCUGCAGGAGUUCUUCACGGCCAUGCAUCUCGUUGUGCUGCGCCGGAACAACAUUGAGCUGCCUGAGACCCUGCCGCCCUCCCUCUACCCCAUGCUGCUGCGGAAGAGCAGCAGCAGCGGCGUUGAAGGUGGGGGCAACUCUGGCGCUUCUGGUAACUCCUCGGUGGUGCCUGGUGGUGGAGGGGGUGCGGCCGCCGAGGGGGGGGAGGCGGGGGGAGCCAAGGCCACCCCAGACCCCCUCUCCCCCUCUAGGAACAAGGAGUGGACCAAGUUUGUGGACUCCCCGACCAGCACGCUCUCCUCCCCGGGGCUCAAACCAGUGAAUUUCGACUUCCAGAAAUCAGCCGUCGAGCAGGACCCCAAGAUCCUACACCCCAAGGCCGUCAGACUCACCCCGGAAUCCAAGCGUCUCGAGGUUGCCGAGGUUGAAGGCCCCGCGUCAUUUAGCCCCGAGCAGGCCCUGACCUCUGACCUAACCUCCAGCGCUCCGGCCCCUGCCCCGGGCGACCUAGCGACUGGCCCCGGCCCCGCUCCGACGGGUCCCACGGGCUCCUCGCAGGGCAGCCCCAAGAAAGGUCAGGAGGGGCAGGAUAUCAAGCCCAUACAGAGGCCGCUCCCGAGGAAACCCACAGCAGGUUCAGCCACGGGAGGGUUACCGCCACCCCCACAGUCUGCCGUCACCACCCCCCCGGAGGAUAAUGGUAUGUUCGGCCCCAUCAGCCUGCCCAGCCUGCCGUCGGGGCCACUGCCAGCCGGGGCCAAGAAGGAAGCCCCGCCCCCUCCCCCACCCCGCCCCGGAAGGACCCACGCACGCUCCUCAUCCCUUGACCUCAAUAAAUUCAGUCGUAACAGCUUCUUGGGUGCUCCCCCGGCGGUGCCUCCGAGGGCCUCUCCCGGCGCUACAUCCCCGAAGAAGCUCAUCUACCAGAAGAGCGACGGGGACAUGGCUGGCGUGGAGGCUGGUGGUGGUGGUGGUGACGCGCUCUUCCCUCUGGACACAAGGCUGCCGGUCGAGAGGGCAAGAACAUCAGCAUUUGAAGUUUACCGCAAGCCACAUCAAGAGUUUGCCUCCGCCUUCGAGCGCGUGAGUGGCCAGAGGGUCGGGGAGGAGGAGGGUGGGGAGAGGACACGACAUUUAUCCACUGGCGCAAGGCCGAAGGACAAGCGCGAGAUCCAAGCCUCCAUCAGAACCACCACCGAGAAGAACACCAUCCUCACCCGACUCAACUCCGAGCUCAACCAAGAACUCGCUGAGGUGAUGGAGGAGAGGAUCGCGCUCGAGAUGCAACUGGAACAAAUGAAGCCCUUCUCUAGUUAGUCUUCACCCCCGUCUCGCUGUCCAGGGGCUCACACCACCUCCCUGUAAACACCACCUCCUCCUGCUCCUCCUCCUCUUCCAGACA